AUGGAUGAAAAUCAAGCUUUUCCAAUAGUCGAUAUACACUGCAAUGGUACUUUUAUGCCUAAUCCCUUAGUGUAUUUUGCUUUAGAAAUAGUACGAGUGAAGGAAGGUGCAAACGAUAUAAACUUCUCUGAUUUCAUCAAAUAUGUUGAGAAGCUUAUCGAUUUUCAGUGCAAGCAUGUGCAUUUCUGUCUACCUGAAGUGAGAUUGAGUGAGGCGCUUCAUACAUUGAAAAAUGAUUGUGACUACUCUGAGUUUCGUGAGGUUGCAAAUGCUCAGAGACAAGUGAAUGUGUAUAUUAACCACAAUAAUGAACCUCUAUUUGAUUGGAUUGAGAAGGAAGAGCCAGACAUUGAAGAACUUCAGUAUUUAGAUGAAGAUGUUGACUCUGUUUUAGAAGAUGGUGAGAAGUGUGAACAUGAAGAGGAUGACUCUGUUAUAUCAAGCAAAAGAAUCUUCAAAAGAACCUACAAUGAUCACUUUUUGAACAAGUUAUGCUCAGUAAAAGAUGAAGAUUGUAAUGAACUUCCAGCUGUCAACCCUAGGCAUGAUGCUACUCAGGAAUGGAAGAAGAUGGAGCCUAAACUAGUUGGACACAACAAACACAACUGUCCAAAGAGGGGUCCUUCAGAAGCGGUUCCAAGUAAACCAAGAAAGAAGAGUAAUGGCACAGAAAUGUCCUUCACAAGCAGGUCCAAGCACUCCAGCUCCAAGUACUCCAAUACCUGUGCAUCAAGAGUCGGUGAUCCAAGAGCAUGUCCCUGUGAACCAAGUCCAUGUGAACCAUGUCCCUGUGAGCCAAGUCCCUAUGAACCAAGUCCAUAUGAACCAAGUGCCUAUGAACCAAGUGCCUGUGAACCAAGUGCCUAUGAAUCAAGAGCAUGUGAAUCGUGGUGUUAG